AUGGCAAACAUUGCAGCCCAAAGGAUAAAAAGGGAAUUCAAAGAAGUCAUCAAAAGUGAAGAAGUAGCAAAGUGUGCCAUAAGACUAGAAUUAAUAGGAGAUUCCUUCACUGAAUUGCGGGGUGAAAUAGGAGGUCCACCAGAUACUCCCUAUGAAGGUGGUUUAUUUGUUUUAGAGAUCAAAAUACCUGAAACAUAUCCCUUCAAUCCUCCAAAAGUCCGGUUUGUAACAAAAAUAUGGCAUCCCAACAUUUCCUCAGUAACAGGAGCCAUAUGUUUAGAUAUCCUAAAAGAUCAGUGGGCAGCAGCAAUGACUUUAAGAACAGUCUUACUUUCUUUACAAGCAUUAAUGGCUUCACCUGAACCAGAUGAUCCACAAGAUGCAGUGGUUGCAAAACAAUUUAAAGAAAAUGAAGAAAUGUUCAGGUUAACUGCUAGAUAUUGGACUUCUGAAUAUGCUGGAGGACCAAACGAGAAUCAGGAUUUUCAAAGGAAAGUUCAGAGACUAAUUGAUAUGGGCAUCGAAUCCGAUAGAGCUUGUGUAGCAUUGUCAGCAUAUAACUGGGAUUUGGAGAGAGCUACAGAACAGUUAUUCAGCUAG